ACUUCUUUUUGCUUUGUAUAUAUAAUUUUUUAAACUUUUUAUUCUCCGCAACAAUAAAAAAAAUACAUCACACUUUUUGGAAGCUUCGAGUCCAACCAUGUUCCGCUCGCUGACCAUCCGUUUAUCUGCUGCUGGUGCUAGUGCUGCCACUGCAGCGCUGCCCCGCAAACCACCUGCCAACAGCGCCAUAUUAUUUGCACUUUUGCGAUCCAAAUCAACAACAUCAACAACAUCAACUACACCAUUGAACUCCACAUCAACAUCAAUCAAAACGCCCGCUUCAACAUCCGCCUCUGUUGCAACCGAUCCAAACCAGGCCCGUAUGCUCAUCGGCUUCACAUGCAACGUCUGCAAACACCGCCAGCACAAAACAAUGUCCAAACAAGCGUACACCAAAGGCGUCGUCCUAAUCCAAUGCGAUUCUUGCAAAAACAGGCAUCUUAUUGCCGACAACCUCGGCUGGUUCCGCGACAAAAGCAUCAAUGUGCAGAAUCUCAUGCGUGAAAAGGGCGAAGACGUCCGCUAUCUCUCGUCGCUAGGCCUUCUCGAUAACAUUGAGGCUGAACAAGUCAACAGCGCCCUGUCAGAAUACAGCAACAACACUUCGCCGCAGCCUGAAGACCCGCGCAAUAAUGUUGAUGAUGAUGAUGGUGAUGUUGCUGACGAAAAGCAAAAUAAAUAAAUACACCUAUAAUUUACUUUAACACUUGAUCCCUUGAUUAUCAGUGGGCCCGAUUUUCUAUCCAUACCCUUUUUUUAAAAAAAAUUGAUUACGAAACUGAGAAACCGGAUCUUAACUUUUUUUCUUCUUUUUUUU